GCACAACACAGCGGAUUGAGAUGCGGGCGUAUAAGCGAAGCAAAACACUUCCAAUUUUCAUCGAAGAUAACAGCACGCUUCCGGUGGUUUCUUUGGUUUCAAAACCGCGAGCGCGCCCGCCAUGACUACCUUCAUUGACUUCUCUCUUAUCCGUCCAACAACGCCCUCUCUCAUCCCCUCCUCAUUCUCAAAAUUCUCCACUCCCAGACCCUUUAAACUCCGAUGCUCCCUAACCGAAGAGUCAGCUACAAUUACUCCGUCGAAGCUCAACGGCGAAGCCCAGUCCAACGGCGGACAUUCUGCCGCGGCGGAUUGUGUCAUUGUCGGAGGAGGCAUUAGUGGGCUCUGUAUCGCCCAGGCUCUUGCAACCAAACACCGGGAUGUUGCUCCCAAUGUGAUUGUCACCGAAGCCAGAGAUCGCGUCGGUGGCAACAUUACCACCCUGGAAAGAGAUGGUUAUCUAUGGGAAGAGGGCCCCAACAGUUUCCAGCCUUCCGAUCCUAUGCUCACUAUGGUGGUGGAUAGUGGAUUAAAAGAGGAUUUGGUACUAGGGGAUCCAAAUGCGCCCCGUUUUGUAUUGUGGAAUGGGAAGUUAAGGCCAGUACCAGGCAAGCCUACUGACUUGCCAUUUUUCGACUUGAUGAGUAUUGCUGGCAAACUCAGAGCUGGAUUUGGUGCUCUUGGACUUCGGCCUCCGCCACCAGGACAUGAAGAAUCAGUUGAAGAGUUUGUGCGGCGUAACCUUGGUGAUGAGGUUUUCGAGCGAUUGAUUGAGCCUUUUUGUUCAGGUGUUUAUGCGGGUGAUCCUUCCAAACUAAGCAUGAAAGCGGCUUUUGGAAAAGUUUGGAACCUGGAGCAAACUGGUGGUAGUAUCAUUGGUGGAACUUUCAAAACAAUCCAGGAGAGAAGAAAAAACCCCAAGCCACCUCGAGACCCGCGCCUACCAACACCAAAGGGCCAAACUGUUGGAUCUUUUAGAAAAGGACUUGCUAUGUUGCCUGAUGCAAUAGCAACAAGGUUGGGUAGCAAUGUAAAAUUAUCUUGGAAGCUGGCAAGCGUCAUUAAAUUGGAUAGUGGUGGAUAUAGUUUGACAUAUGAAACACCUGAAGGAUUAGUUUCUCUACUGAGCAAAAGCGUGGUCUUCACUAUUCCAUCCCACAUUGCAAGCACUCUACUGCAUCCGCUUUCUGCUACAGCUGCAGAUGCACUAUCAAAAUUUUAUUACCCACCAGUAGCAGCAGUGUCUGUUUCAUAUCCAAAGGAAGCAAUAAGACCAGAACGCUUAAUAGAUGGUGAGCUCAAGGGGUUUGGUCAGCUGCAUCCACGAAGCCAAGGGGUGGAAACAUUAGGAACUAUAUAUAGCUCAUCUCUUUUUCCUAAUCGUGCUCCUACUGGAAGGAUUUUGCUCUUGAACUACAUUGGAGGAGCUACUAACCCUGGAAUAGUGUCUAAGACAGAGAGUGAACUUGUAGAAGCAGUUGAUCGUGAUUUGAGAAAGAUGCUUAUAAAUCCUAACGCGAAAGAUCCUCUUGUAUUAGGGGUGAGAGUAUGGCCACAAGCCAUUCCUCAGUUCUUAAUUGGUCAUUUUGACAUCCUAGAUGCUGCAAGAGAUGCUCUCAAGGCUAAAGGGUUGCAGGGGCUGUUUCUUGGGGGGAACUAUGUAUCUGGUGUUGCGUUGGGCCGAUGUGUAGAAGGAGCUUAUGAAGUUGCUGCUGAGGUAACUGAUUUCCUCACCCAGUAUGCCAACAAAUAGUGUCAGAUGCUGGACGAUCACUACAGAUGUGAGUCGAGUGUUCUGGUAUCCUGUAGGAAUGAUCAGAUAAGCGAUUUCUCUACAGCUGUUGCAUGAAGUUUUGAUUGGCUUAGUUAUUCUUUGUUUAGAUCUUCUGUAUGACUCUGUAAUUACUCAAAAUCCACUUUAGGUUUUAUCAUUAGUGACAGUAGCAAUAACUCUGUUCUUAUCGCUACACCAUGUUCAGAAAUGCAGUUAGCACAAUGCUUAAGAUUUGGGAACC